AAUUGUCAGAUGCUCUCCCGAUACGUAUAGGAGUGUAUCGGACAGGUAUCGGUAUCGGUACAUGAUACGUAUCUGAUACGGUACGUUAUCGAUUUUUAAGUAUCUUUGCUUCAUAGUUUGGGUUUGGUACAGCUAAGCUUUUCUAUGGACAAUAUAGAUGGAAGUGCUUCCUCAAACUCUGUCUACUCACCAUAGAAAACUGUCCGUUCGCACAAACACAGAUACACAGUCGUGACUCGUGAUAGAAGCUUCACAUACUCUGAAACAGAUCUGAACUGCCUCACAUAGAGUAAGAAAACUGUUGAAGUCAAUGGAGGAAGAUUAUAGUAGGUACAUGAGAUGGAAGGAUAUGGAGAAAGAAAAUAGCAGGCACAUGAGAUGGAAGCAAGCUAAUAAAGCAUUGUUAGGUGCUGUACGUAAAGAAACAUGUCAACCGUAUAGCAUUUCUGCAGUUCCAGACGACCUCCGGAAAUGGAAUGAGAGUGCUUACAUGCCAAAAGUUGUAUCCAUUGGGCCCCUAUACAAGGGAAGGAGGGAGCUAUUACAAAUGGAAGAGAUCAAAUGGCGGUGUGUCACGUCUCUUCUUAGUCGAACAUUUGGGCUGGAUGCUAUAGAAAGGUGUAUGGAAGCAGUUAUUAAGUUAGAUGCAACGGUUCGCGCGAGCUACAUAUAUGAAAUCACACUAGACAGGUAUGAUCUGGCCACAACUAUGGUAUUUGAUGGGUGUUUUCUGUUAGAACUUCUCAUUUGUGAAUCAACAUUGGAUCCAGAGAUACCAAUACAAUUUAACGGCAUUAGUCCUGGAAUAGAAGUUAAGAAGAUGGAGUAUGUCAUAACCGAUCUGAUGCUACUGGAGAAUCAGAUUCCAAUUUUUAUUCUCGAAACACUGUUUGAAAACCUUAUUGGUCCCUCUCCCAAAAUGCGGGAGCUCAUACAAAACCUGACUCUUCCUCUCUUCCGCUACUCUCCUAAAUUAAUGGCUAAAUCCACCUUUCAUUUCCUAGAUAUUGCUUACUCCUACAUUGAAAUGGGAUGGGUGGAUAAAAAGAUAGAAGAGAAUGAAGUGCGGAUUAGUCUAUUCGAUACGGAGGAGGAGGAGGAUGAUAAGAAAAAGAAACAUCUGAAUCGCUGUGCUACGAGACUCAAAGCUGCCGGUAUUGCCAUCCAAUGUCUCAAUAAUGAUGUUGAUCACAUAAACUUUAAAUAUACAAAUGAGUUCAACCAAAGUCAAGGGAUACUAGAAAUCCCAAAGCUAACUAUCACGAAGACAACAGAAGUAUCAUGGCGGAGUUUCAUAGCUUGGGAGCAUCAUAAGAAGAAAUUGAAGAGAAGUAGUUGUUCUGUUGCCGACAGGCGUAGUAUUUGCACUUCCUCUGCCUUUCUUUUCAGAGAUUUGAUAUGCUGUUCAAGUGAUGUUCAGCUACUCAAAGAUAGGGGAAUUAUAAUAGUAGACCGUUCCUACAAAAGAAAUCAAGAUCUAGUGACUUUUUUCCAUUCAAUCGCAGGGGGUGUUGACCGUAGCAUUAUUGACCACAAACAUACCACCAUGUUUCAUGCCUUGAACACAUUUCACUCAACAAAUUACGCCACCAAAAUCUUCAUAAUAUUCUUGCAUUUCUUUGGCAAAAUCUUAGAUUGGUUCUACAAUGUUUACAAAUUUUUAAAGCGCGGUUACAACUUUGCUUUUACCCUCGUAACUUUUCUCACUGUCGUCCAGACUUGUUACACAAUCAUCGCCUAUCACUUUCCCAAUUCCAAGUAAACGUUGUGUUGUUGUGAUGAAAUGAAGAAGCAACAAAAGAUCCAAAUUAGAACAUGAAGCUCUUCAAUAUCAACAUCUGCAUAUCCCCUCCAGUGAAGCUGUAAUAAGAUCCGCUAAUUUUUUUUAUGUCAGUUUAACUGAGUUUUCAUUUCCAUUUCAUUGUAAUUUUUCAUUGAUGCCAUCUUUAACUUUUGCAUUUUAAGCUUUGUAUAUUUUCUCCAUUGUUACAUUCCGUCGAACUUUUAAUCCAUGUAUUCCCAAUUUAAUUGAGUUUUUUCCUUGUUUUAUUAA